AAUGUGACUAACGUAUUAGAAAGAGGAUGCCUCUUCCUUGACUUACUGGCUUCUAAACAUUCCCGGAAUCCUCUGAAAUACUCAAGUUCAUUUCCAACCUAACUCAACCCUAGGGAGAAUAACUGUAAAUUAAAGGUACAGUACAAUAAACCGAACUGCAGGCGUAGCAUCUACUCCUUACGAAUAGUCAAGUUUUUGAUCUUGUUACUAGCUGAAGUCCUUUAGGCGAAUUCCCCGGGAGUCAUUCAAAAAGAACUUUGAUACAUUCAUAAACCUAGAUCUCUGCCUGGAGCCAUCGGUUAUCCAUUACUACUAGAUAUGUAAGCUCGUUAGGCAGAAACUUCUCUUCUGUUUUUAACUGUGUAAACCAUCUGAAAUAUAUCCGCAAAAUGCUUCCAUUUCCCCUCAAAAGGUAUGUCUAUACGCUACAAAGUAUUGCUUUUUCAAGCUUACUACUAAGUAAAGCUUUUACUCUUCAUCAUUUCUUGAAGCAUACAUAAUUUCUUCUUGAUCAUCAGUGGUACCCUCGUAGUACUUACUAUUUUCAUUGCUAGAAUCUGAUUUUAGUCUUUCACAAAAUUUCUAGUUUUUGUUCAUGCUCCAUUGAAAACCUGUUUCAAUUAAUUUUCAUGCCAAAAUAAAGAAAAUUUUCCUACUUCGUUGACUUAGUAAUGUUAUUCACUCGAAGAUGAAUUAUUUAAUCAUUUUUGGAAAGUUAGCAGUUAUACUGUCACUAAAUUUAUGUAAUGUGAUGAUGACAGACAAAUUUCUCUUUUUUUAGUGAUUCCACAUGCAGCAUGGAUCUACCUUGUAAACCUUUAGCAUGUAAAAUUCAAAGUUGUUUAAUUAGGAAUGAUUUCGAUGUUACUCGAUGUACAAGGGAAAUAACUUCACUUAUUGAAUGCUGUCAAAAAUUUCGACAUAUUAAACAGCCGUGUUGUGAAGGUUGGGAUAAUUACAAAUACAGACCUGAUAAUCAAACGAAGACGAAUUAAACGAAAUCAAUAUUUAUAUAAUCUCUUCUGUUGGCAUUUCAUCUUGUUAAUGGAAAAAAGAAUAUGAUCGUCAUUGCAAUCCUUCUGAAUUUUUUUUAAAGUUAUGGCUAUGAUUGUAUUUUCAUUUGUUUAAAAAGAUAAUUCAUUUGAUACAAGGAUUCGUUGUAACACCCUUGUGUACUUGUUAUUUUAUAUAUUACACAAUUUUGACUGGUUGA